AGGAAAAGUCUGUUUUCCUAUCGAUUUCCCCGCAUUUGUAAACAGUACGUUUACGUAGUUUAAAUCCGCUAUACUUAUAGUUAUUGGUUGAUAGUUCGCAACUUUAUGAAAGAAAUAAGGAGGUUCGCAAUAUGCCUUGAGGUUAGACAAUGAGCGAGCGAGGCGCUCGACGCGGCCCAGGCGCACCUUUCUACGCGCCAUUGCGGCGUAAAACCUCUGCAGAGAUCAUCAGUGAAGCAAGAGCUGCUAUUUACGGCGAAAUGAGCGGCACAUCUAGCGGUGGUGGCGCUGGUGGCAGCCUGCGUCCGCUGCGCACGCGCCGCCCCUACACACCUCGCGAACCACAGAGGUCGCUCUACACCAACAAGAAAGAACCGAGACCGCCCAGUGGUUUUGAUCUGAAGUUCCUGAGUCUGUCAGAGAGUGGUGAGGAGACGCUGGCAGCGAUGGACGCUCGCAUCGCUCACCUGGAUGAGGAGGCACUCAAUGAAAUGCUUACAGACACUCGCAGCAGGAAAAAACCUGCGGUACGCAAGGACGCUCGACAAGGCGGGGUAGGUGACAUGUGGGGGGGAUUUACCAAGCUGCCGCAUCUCAGUGGUAGGAGCAAACCUCUCCACAGGCGUAAUACUACUGGACAAGUACAUGCUGAAGAAUUAAAACCUGAAGCCGGCUUAGCGGGAGCAAUCUCAGUAACUCGUCCUCUAGGUGAUCCAACUAAUACCACUAUCGGCAGCACAUUGAUGGGCGAUGUCGUCAAUGUUAAGGCAGAUGGUGCUGGUGCAUCAAAACGCAAGCAGUUCGCGUCUACGAAAGCAGCGUCAUGCGACGUUGCCAGCUGUACCAGCGGUCUGCGAGCUGAUAUCGAUGUAAAACAUCUCGCCGUGCAACUACCCAAUACAUCCUCGGACAGUUUGGAAAAUUUGACGUUAUUAGAGCUAUCAGAAGCUCUAUCGCAGCGGUGUCGCGACUCGCACCGAACGCUGCAACUACUAGAAGCAGUGGUGGCCAACUUACAAGCAACUACACCUGGCGGCAGUCUGCGGGAACUACUCAUGCGGUCUCUGUACAUGCACAUCGACAGUGAAGACGAGAGGAUACUCGUCGCUGUGGCGCGGGCUAUGCUAUCUAUGCGAGUGACUGGGACACAUUUAGCAGCGGCUUGUAAACUUGUGUUCAAGAUAGCAAAGAAUGAUAAGAACGAUCACUACUUUAAGACCACCAAUUUGUUGGAGCUGUUGGUGGAGGGGUGCGGGCGCGCGGAGCCGGUGUCGGAGAGCGCGUGCUGCGUGUACGGCUGCGCGGCGCUGCGCGUGCUGGCGCUGGAGCCCGCGCUGGCGGCGCGCGCGCUGCGGGCCGGCGCCGCGCAUCUGGCCGCGCUGCAUCUCAAGAUACUCAAUAAUGCGAAAACGGAGUCCCCUCGCUCCCUAGGCGAGCAGAGUACGCAUGCGCUAUACCAAGUGACGGGAGCGCUGCGCAGCCUGGCGGGCGCAGUGGAUCAGUUUGCGCACGAGUUCCUCGCCAGCGGCGCGCUGCCUGAACUUGUGGAUGCACUGGCGCUACAUACUGACAGGGACGUGCUCACUAAUGUCGCCAGGUGUCUCAGCGUGGUGUCGGGCAGCGCGGAGUGCUGCGCGAGUCUGUGCGCGCGGCGCGGGGCGGCGCGGGCCGUGCUGCGGGCGCUGGCCGCCUGCGCGCCGCGCGCCCCGCUGGCCGUGAGGCUCGCGUACACGCUCGGGAACAUGGCCGCCGCCGACGAGCGCGCCAGGAACGAUGUGAGGAUAAAUGUGCAAUUAAAUAUGAUUAGACGAAUACCAUAUGAGAUCAGUAGCGAAUACUUCUUCAAUGACCCUUCAGAAAUAAAUUUUCAACUGCAGUUGGCGCGGUGGCUGGGCAACUGGCUGCCGCGCAACGUGUCGCAGAUUUACAACGAAGACGGUGCGAUAGACGUUUUACUUACAAUAUUGGAGUCAUACACGAAGAAGAACCCGCAAGAUCUGCCAGACGUCGAGGCAGACCCAGAUCUACACUUAGUUGGUUCCGAUUUAGGCGGAUCAGAUGGUUCAAAUGAAGAUGUUCUUAUCAAGACUGUACGUGUUGUUGCAAAUUUGUGUCUGGCGGAGCGCGUGGGCCGAGGUCUGGCGGACGUAUACGCAGAGCGGAUAGUCAACUCUCUGCUCGCAUGUCUACAACUUGCUGAGAGGAUUAUAACAAAUACGGACAAAUCAAUACCUGAAAAUAUGCCACCAGUGGAACGCGCCGAGGAGUUGGCGACGGCGGCGCUGGCCACGCUCAACAAUAUGACCUUCUACCGCGAGCCGCCAGACCCACCAGACCCACUCCACGUACCUUUCGACAAUAUAUGCAAAGCGACAUGUCGUUGGCUGCGCGGGUCGGGCCCGGCGUCGUGCGAGGCGGUGCGCGCCCUGGGCAACGUGUCGCGCGCCACGCGCACCGCGCAGCUCAUCGUGCUUGAGGGGGCACUCGACAGACUCGAACCCUUCCUCAAUCACGAGGAGGGCGGCGUGCGGUGCGCGGCGGCGGGCGUGCUGGUCAACGUGUGCGGCGCGGGCGCGGACUGCGCGGCGGCCGCGGCGCUCGUGGCGCGCGCGCUGGCGGCCGCGGCCGCGCGCGUAGACGCGGCGCCGGCGCCGCUCCUGGCGCGCGCGCUCUGGAACGCGCACGCGCACGAACCGUACCCGCUCUCGCCUAUACACGCGCAUGCUGUCUCUGAAGCACUCGCUGUUUUUAUAGAUGAUGAAUCUGUAUUUGCUGCUUGCGAAGCGGAUAAGCUGGGAGAACAAGAAAUUGAUCGAAAUGUUACAAAACACCACGUAACGUUCGACUUGGAGAACAACAACUAUGCCUCAGAAUGUGACCCAUCUUGUUACGAUUCAACUUCAAAACAGAUUAGUCGCAAGAACAGUCUAGAAACAGGUGACGUCACCGGUGAGGACUUGGGCUUUGAAGAGGGAGAUGUGGAGGAGUGCUGGUGUGAGCCCUGCCGUCGACUAGCCGCGUGGGACGAACUUGUGGGAGUCGCCAUACCAUUGUUAGAUAGAUUGCGACCUCCACGGUCAGACGCCUCCGUCGGCACGGAAUAAAAAAAAACAACUAGUACCUGACUUGAGAUAUUUUGAAUUUGGAAUAAAAUAAGGUCUUUAGACUUUGGAUUAUAUGUAUAUGGCCAGUGACUUUCGCAGUUAAUAUUUUGAGAAGGUUGUGGGAAAAGAGUAUGUAAUAAAAAAAAUAAAGAAAGGGCUACAGUUAUAAAUGUUUGGUUUUUCGUAAAAUU